AUGGCGGACGGAAAGAGUGCAUCAGAGAGAUACCAAAAGAUAUCUCAACUUGAGCACAUUUUAAAAAGGCCUGAUACCUAUAUUGGAUCUGUCGAAAGGCAGGAACAGCAGCAAUGGAUCCACGAUGAGGCUACAGAUUGCAUGAAACAGAAAGAGGUGAAUAUCGUCCCUGGUCUGUUCAAAAUAUUCGACGAGAUAUUGGUUAAUGCGGCGGAUAAUAAGGUUCGUGAUCCAACCAUGAAAAGAAUAGAUGUCUCGAUCAAGCAAGAGGAAUGUUUGAUCGAGAUUAAAAAUGAUGGCAAAGGAAUUCCUAUUGAAAUUCAUGAUAAGGAAGGCAUUUAUAUACCUGAGCUUAUUUUUGGACAUCUUCUCACCUCUUCAAAUUACGAUGAUGAUGAGAAAAAGGUCACCGGUGGUAGAAACGGUUUCGGUGCCAAGUUAUGUAAUAUCUUCUCUACAGAAUUUGUUAUCGAAACCGCUGACCCUAUUAAAGGUCAAAAGUACACUCAAAAGUGGGAGAAUAACAUGAGCAAAUGCCACCCUCCUAAAAUAGGAGCUUAUAAGAAGGGACCGUCAUACACAAAAAUAGCAUUCAAGCCUGAUUUAUCCCGAUUUGGUAUGACUGCGUUGGACGACGAUACUGUGGGGGUCAUGCGUCGCCGUGUGUUCGAUAUAAAUGGAUCCGUCCGUGAUAUAUCUGUGUAUUUGAAUGGCAAAAGCUUGAAGAUCAGAAGCUUCAAGAACUAUGUGGCGCUGUACCUGAAAUCUCUGGAAAUAGAGAAGGCCGGUGGUACUGCACCCGAGAAUUCCUCUACAGUUACCAGCACACCUCCAAUUCUUUAUGAAAGAGUUAAUGAUCGUUGGGAGUAUGCCUUCGCUGUAUCUGAAAACUCGUUCCAACAAAUAUCUUUUGUGAAUUCGAUAGCCACAACAUCAGGAGGUACUCAUGUCAACUAUAUCAGUGAUCAAAUUGUCAAAAAGGUAGCAGCUCAAUUGAAAAAGAAGAAAGUUAAGCCUUUUCAAAUAAAAAACAAUAUGUUUCUUUUCAUCAACUGUCAAAUCGAAAAUCCAGCAUUCACUUCUCAAACUAAAGAACAGUUGACUACUAGAGUUAAAGAUUUUGGAAGUACUUGUGAAGUUCGGGAUGAAUUCAUAAAGAAAAUAAUGAAAGAAGAUUUUGGGCAAAAGAUCCUAGAAAUUGCAGAACAAAAUGAAACUAAGGCUUUAAAAAAGACCGACGGUAGUCGGAAGAGUCGAAUAACUAGUUAUACUACCUUAGAAGAUGCUAAUUUGGCAGGAACUAAAAGAGGAUACGAGUGUACUCUAGUACUUACUGAGGGUUUGUCUGCCUUGUCACUGGCUGUUGCAGGAUUAUCGGUUGUGGGAAGAGACUUAUACGGUUGCUUUCCUCUGCGUGGUAAGCUUCUUAAUGUUAGAGAAGCAAGUGCCGAUCAGAUACAGAAAAAUGCCGAAAUUCAAGCUAUAAAGAAGAUUGUUGGGUUAGAGCAUCGUAAGAGGUAUACAGAUACAAAAUCCUUACGUUACGGUCAUAUUAUGAUUAUGACCGAUCAAGAUCACGACGGGUCCCAUAUUAAAGGGCUCAUCAUCAAUUUCCUUGAAAGCUCAUUUCCUGGUCUCUUGGAUAUUCCAGGCUUUUUAAUUGAAUUUAUCACGCCUAUCGUUAAGGUUAAAAUUAUCAAACCCAGGAAGGAUACGAUCUCAUUUUACAACAUGCCUGAUUACGAAAAAUGGCGGGAAGAAGAAAGCCAUAAAUAUACUUGGAAGCAGAAGUAUUACAAGGGUCUGGGUACUUCGACCCCAGAAGAAGCUAGAGAAUAUUUUUCAAAUUUAGAUAAGCAUUUGAAAAAGUUUCAUGCCUUGGGUGGAAAUGAUGCGGAUCUAAUCGAUCUCGCAUUUUCAAAGAAGAAAGCCGAUGAUCGCAAGGAAUGGCUAAGACAAUACGUGCCAGGAAACAACCUAGAUCCUGAGUUAACCGAAAUUCCUAUUGGUGAUUUCAUCAACAAAGAAUUGAUUUUAUUCUCUCUGGCGGAUAAUAUCAGAUCAAUUCCAAAUGUUCUAGAUGGUUUUAAACCAGGUCAACGGAAAGUUUUAUAUGGUUGUUUCAAAAGGAAUUUGAAAGGUGAGAUUAAAGUUGCGCAGCUAAUUGGGUAUAUCUCGGAGCACACCGGUUAUCAUCAUGGUGAAGAGUCUCUCGCUCAAACUAUUGUUGGAAUGGCGCAAGACUUUAUAGGAUCCAACAACAUUAACCUUUUAAAGCCAAAUGGUGCUUUUGGUACUCGAGCUGUGGGCGGUAAAGAUUCGGCUGCUACAAGGUACAUCAAUACUGAACUCAAUAAGAUAACUCGUUUCAUAUUCAACCCUCUUGAUAAUCCUUUGCUAAAUUAUUUACAGGAUGAUGAUCAAACAAUAGAACCCGAAUGGUAUCUACCAGUCAUACCUAUGGUUUUGGUCAAUGGAGCUGAAGGCAUAGGAACUGGUUGGAGCACAAAUAUUCCACCCUUCCAUCCUAUGGACAUCGUAAGAAAUAUAAAGAAAAUGAUGGCAGGAGAGGAGAUGGAUGAUAUGGCGCCCUGGUUCAGGGGUUGGACGGGGUCACUCGAAAAGAUCGAUCGCCAACGCUAUAAAAUGUAUGGUAGAAUAGAACAAGUUGGUCAGAAUGUUCUUGAAAUUACCGAACUGCCGGCUAAAACUUGGACGUACAAUAUCAAGCAGCAUUUGCUUCUUGGGUUGGAUGGCAAUGAAAAGCAACCCGCAUGGAUUAAGGAUAUGCAAGAGAACCAUGGAGCUACAAUCAAAUUCACAGUAACUUUGAGUGACGCGGAAAUGGAAAAAACAAGGAAGAUAGGUUUCUACGAAAGAUUCAAGUUGGUUUCCAACUUGAAUUUGAGCAAUAUGGUAGCUUUCGAUCCUAAUGGGAGAAUUAAGAAGUAUGAUGAUGUUAGAGAGAUUUUGAAAGAUUUCUAUUUCGUAAGGCUUGAAUACUAUCAGAAGAGGAAAGAUUAUAUGGCAGAAAGAUUACAAUGGGAACUUGAAAAGUUCUCUCAACAGGUAAGGUUCAUCAAACUUAUUGUGGAAGAGAAGCUUUAUGUCACAAAUAAACCUCGCAAAGAACUGUUAGAAGAAUUGGAAAAUUUAAACUUUCCUAGGAUUAACAAGGAUGGAAAACCGCAUUACGGUCAACUAAAAUCUGAAGACCAAGAACUGCCUGAAGAUACAAUUCCAUCCAAUGACAGCGAGGACGAAAAUGAAGAGGGCGUUAUCAAUGGUCCUCUUGAGAUCUUCGGAACCUACGACUACCUACUUGGCAUGAAAAUUUGGUCUUUAACAAAAGAAAAGUACGAACGUCUGUUGAAGCACAUGAAAGAUAAGGAAGUUGAACUUCAACAUCUGCUCAGUUUAUCUGCUAAGGAUCUAUGGAACCAGGACCUGGAACAAUUCGAAAAAGUGUUCGAUGAGUUCCUCAAAAACGAUGAACUGGUCCGCCAGAACAUGAUCCCAGGUGUAACAACGAAGAAAAAAGGACGGGCCAAAAGAAAGUCGGAAGAUGAUGAAGAAUUUGAUCCGUCUAAAAAGAAGAAGUCCAAGAAGGCAGGACCAGCAAAGAUAAAAAAAGAAGAACCUGGAUUCGAGAGAGUUUUGCUCGAACAGAAAGUAGUAGAGAAACCACAGAGGGUUACCAAAGUAAAAGAUGAGAAGCAACCAACAUUAAAGGGUCUCUUGGAAAAACAACAAACUGGAGCGACUAGCAAGAAAAGCAAGUCCUCUACCCCGCAACCUGCUGCCACGGGAGCGACAGGCAAGAAAAGCAAGUCACCUACUCCUCAACCUGCUGCCGUGAAGGUCGAAACACCCCAGAACAACCCGUCAACGAUAUUUGACAGUUUGCAAGGCCCAGAAGACAAACGCGACGAUUUAAGCAUCUUUUCUAAUAAAUUCAAAAAGGCAAGUGCUCUCUUCGAUAACAUUUCCUCUUCCUCGAGCUCGACGCAAUCUCCCGAAAGUGCAAAAGAGGAGACAUCUUCGCCUGUUUCUAGUGGGAAAACGAAAUCUCUUGCCAAAGAGACAAAGGUGGUGAAGACAACCAAGCCCACCAAGGUAGAAAAGCCACCUAAAACUGUAAAGACAGCCAAGAAGCAGACAGCAGUUUCAGAUGACGAAAGUGAUUUCCAAGUCUCCGACAAUGAGCCCGUUGCACCAAGAAGGCAAAGAAGAAGUAGAGCAGCACCAGCACGCUCUUAUGAAGAGUCAAUUGAUUUAUCGGAUAGAUCUUUUGACGAAGGCGAUGUUGAAGCGGGCGAUAAUUCUGACGAGUCGUUCCACGGUUCGGACUUUGAUUGA